CUUAUUUCAAUUCUCCGACUCCGAGGCGUGGUAGCGACGAGUCAAACCUGCUGGGCGGCAUGGCGGCGGUCGAUAGCCAUGGAGACGGCGAUCUGGUCUCCCCCGGCGAACUCCUCGGCGAUUCCCGCGAUCUCAUCGCCGGAAGAGGAGCCUAUGUCGCCCCUAACGGCCGAUCCAUACGGGCUUCCCUCACUGGCACCCACCGUGUAACACCACCUCAACCCGGCGCCCCUGACCAGAGGUCGACGGUGGAAGUAGUCGGGCAUAGGGCUCAGGGUGCCGUUCCACAGCCCGGUUCCGUGGUUAUUGCUCGUGUUACGAAGGUUAUAGCCCGCAUGGCAUCAGUAGAUAUAAUGUGUGUCGAGUCCAAAGCUGUGAAGGAAAAGUUUACUGGGAUAAUCAGGCAACAAGAUGUCCGUGCGACUGAAAUUGAUAAGGUGGAUAUGUAUCUCUCGUUCCGUCCUGGUGAUAUUGUUCGAGCUCUUGUUCUUUCUCUUGGAGAUGCAAGAGCAUAUUACCUUUCCACUGCAAAGAAUGAACUAGGAGUAGUUUCGGCUCAAAGCAUAGGAGGUGGUAACAUGGUCCCAAUCAGUUGGACAGAGAUGCAAUGCUCCUUGACUGGCCAAAUCGAACAUAGAAAAGUGGCAAAGAAUGCUUAAGAUUUAAGGCUGAUUCUGACUGUUGGUCACGGCAAAUGUUGAAAUUGAGAUGUUGUUGUCGUAAAUUGAUGAUGAUUUUGUUCAGCUAGUGGGUACUUUUUCUUUUGCUUGCUAUCAAUUGUGAAAAUUUUCAUUUUACUUUCAA